AUGUCCAAGCGUACGGUAUUUGUUCUCGGCUGCAGUGGUUCAAUCGGUUCCGCCACAGUCAGAGCUCUGUCCAGAAAAUACUCGGACACGUUUAACAUCCUCGCAGGAACAAGGGACAUUGCAUCUGAGAAAGUGGCAUCCCUCAGAUCUCUGCCAGGGGUAACAAUUUUGCACGCUGAUAUGAAUAACAAAGAAGCAUUGCGUGACCUGUUGACUGGCGUGACAUCAUUGUUCAUCGUUACACCAACCAAUGGGUUUAGACUUGCUAUCGGCGCAGCGGAAGUAGCUAAAGCGUCAGGCGUUAAGCACAUUCUGACAGUUAGCGUACUCACGGUUGAGCUCACCGACACCAUCUAUGGCAAACAGUACGGCGAGUUAGAGUCCCGUGUUAAACUCCUUCAGAUCCCAUACACUUUUAUCCGCCUUCCUCCAUUCGUCGACAACUACUGGGCUUACAAACGUCCCAUUCAGCAGAAUUCCUCUUUUAGCACUCCAGGUGAUCCAACCAAGCCAUUCUCAGCUGUCGUGGUGGAGGACGCUGGGAAGGCUGCAGCCGCUAUCAUGGCUGAACCCGAGAAGCAUUAUGGGAAGACUUACAAGCUGAUAAGCAAUCGUCACACUCUAAACGAGCUGGCAGCCGCUUUUAGCCAGGCUCUAGGUAGGAAUGUCAAGUAUGAACGAAUUUCUUACAAUGAUUGUAGGCGCCGUCUCGUUGAAGUGGUUGGUUUUAGCGAGGAGGACGCAGAUGGGAUCUUAGAAAUAUACAGGCUUACUGAUGAGGAGUGCCCAAUGGUAGACGACCCAGAAAUGUCCCACUUCAACCAAAUCACGGGAGAAAAGCCCACCAGUUUGAAGGAGUGGGUGAAUGAGGUGGCUCCUGCAUUUAAGUGA